UAACUCCACAGCAAAUUUAGAUGUCUUCAGAAGACAAGGAAGCUCAGGAGGAUGAGCUGCUAGCUCUGGCUAGCAUUUAUGAUGAAGAUGAAUUUAAGAGAGCGGAGUCUGCCCAAGGAGGAGAAACAAGAAUUUGUUUGGAGUUGCCCCAGAACUUCAAAAUUUUUGUGAGUGGCAGCGACAGCGACAGCGUGCCCGGCAGUGGCUUCGAAUACACAGUUUGCUUCCUGCCGCCCCUGGUGCUGAAUUUUGAGCUCCCACCGGAUUACCCGUCAACCUCCCCGCCUGUGUUUACCCUCAGUGGCAAAUGGCUCUCCCAAGCCCAGCUCAGUGCUCUUUGCAAGCAUUUAGACAACCUCUGGGAAGAGAAUCGAGGCUGUGUGGUCUUAUUUGCCUGGAUGCAAUUCCUGAAGGAGGAAACACUGAAUUACUUGAAUAUUUCUUCCCCAUAUGAGCUAAAAAUGUGCCAUCAAGGAACGGGGCAGAGUAGGGCCCCUUUGGUCCCUCUGGGUGCUGGGAAGGAUUGUGGUGCAGCAGGCUCCGCCGCAGCCGAAGGAGACACCAUCGAUGAGAGAGCUGUGCAGGACGUGGAAUCCUUGUCCAGCCUGAUCAGGGAAAUCCUGGACUUCGAUCAGGCUCAGAGGAGGAAGUGCUUUAACAGCAAGAUGUACUUGUGCAAUAUCUGCUUCUGCGAGAAGCUGGGCAGUGACUGUAUGCACUUCACGGAGUGCAGCCACGUGUACUGCAAGGCCUGCUUGAAGGACUACUUCGAGAUACAGAUCAGGGAUGGGCAGGUCCACUGCCUCAACUGCCCCGAGCCAAAGUGUUCCUCUGUUGCCACUCCUGGCCAGGUGAAGGAGCUGGUGGGAGAGCAGCUGUUUGCGCGUUACGACCGGCUGCUGCUGCAGUCCAGCCUGGACCUGAUGGCUGACGUGGUGAACUGCCCGCGCGCGGGCUGCGAGACGCCCGUCAUGCAGGAGCCGGGCUGCACCAUGGGCAUCUGCUCCCGCUGCAACUACGCCUUCUGCACGGUCUGCAAGAUGACCUACCACGGCGUGUCCCCGUGCAAGGUCACCGCGGAGAAAUUAAUGGCUUUACGUGAUGAAUAUCUAGAAGCAGAUGAAACAACUAAAAGAUUUUUGGAACAGCGUUAUGGCAAACGAGUGAUUCAGAAGGCUGUGGAGGAAGUGGAAAGUAAAGAAUGGCUAGAGAAGAACUCGAAGUCUUGUCCUUGCUGUGGUACUCAUAUAGAGAAACUAGAUGGCUGUAACAAAAUGACGUGCACUGGCUGCAUGCAGUAUUUCUGUUGGCUUUGUAUGGGUUCUCUGUCAAGGGUGAACCCCUAUAGACACUUCAAUGAUCCGUCUUCCCCAUGCUUUAAUCGAUUGUUUCAAGCUAUGCACGUUGAUGGUGAGUUCUGGGAUGGGGAAGAUGAAGACUAGUAACUCUGCUCUAUCAAGAAAAGCUGAAGAAACCAGUCACAGACUUUUGCUUUACAUUUUUGUGUCAGGUUUUUUUUU